UUAAGAGGGAAAAGGUUACAUGAAGACUAAGAAAGAAGAGAUUGCUAAUCACAAGGUGGAUUCUGCAGCAUCUCAUGUAGGAAACAAAGUCUUGCCUAUAACUGAUUCAGCAUCGUCGUCAGCAGCAGCAGCAAGCAGCGAACAAUGUCCAAACGCAGACAGCAAGAAAGAGAAGACGAAAGGCGACAAGAUGAACACCAUUGCAAGGAUGAAGGUGUUGCUGAAAUGGGCAGCAGCUGCCAGGACUGACAAAGGAGCAAAAUACAUUGGUAGAAAGGUGUUGCAUUUUAGGAACAAAUCAGCCGGGUUGAAGGUGGUGAGAGACGAGGACGAGCUGAGCAACGACUCUCCAAAAAUAAGCUUCAGAUGGGAUGUGGAGAGCUGCUCCACCACUUCAUCUGUCUAUUCCGCCAUCUCUGCAGUGGCUUCGUCGCUGAGGCACGACCACCUCCUCGGUGCAUCCUCACUGAACUCCACGCCUCUGCGCGUUAGAGGCCACGCUCGGCCGGGAAACUGGAUCACCACUGAUUCUGAAUUUGUUGUGCUGGAGUUGUGAAGAUCGGACGCAGAGAUCUAAUGUUUCACAUGUCAUAAUUGCCAUGUUUAUCGGUUGAAAUGUCAGGAAAUUUAUGUUAGUUUGUGGUUGGAUUAUUGAAGUUCUAUUUGUUUAAUGAAGGUAGUGCACAUGCUAAUCAAUACUAGCUAUGCAUAUGUCUCAACUAAUUUUUAAGAUUUGUUUUCUUGCUAA